UUUCAUGAUUAUAAACAAAGUUUGAUUUUAUUUUUUCAUAAUCAAAUAAAGUCUGUGAUUAAUUAAAAAUGAUUUGGUUUUUUUCUGGUAAAGUGAGGCACGUGAGGUAAUUAAUUGUCUUAAAGAGUUAGAUGUAAAUUUUUUGACUAAAAACAUUUUAACCUCCAGCAGUACAUUUGAAUAAAUGUUACCUCUCUUAAUUUAUUUAAACUAAAGCUGAAAUUAAUAACAACAAUAGAAAGAAUGAAAGUUACCAUAAAGAGUUGGACUGGUGUUUCUACUUGGAGAUGGAUCGCAAAUGAUGAUAAUUGCGGAAUUUGUCGAAUGCCUUUUGAUGCAAGUUGUCCAGAUUGCAAAACUCCCGGUGAUGAUUGUCCUUUAGUAUGGGGCCAGUGCUCGCAUUGUUUUCACAUUCACUGUAUUAUGAAGUGGUUAAACACGCAGACGACCAGUGGCUUAUGUCCCAUGUGCCGCCAGGAAUGGAAAUUCAAGGAAUAAAUAAUAAUUAUAACAAUACUUAUUAUAAUUUAACAUCAACUAUAUUUUGAACAGGCAAGAUUAUUCUUUAUUUAAUUUAGAUAAUUAAUAUUUUUUCAUUAAAUACAUUAAUAUUAUACUACAAAAUAAUUUUUUAUUAUCCACUGUCCAUUGCAUGAUGAAGCAGAAAACAGCAGACAUAGAAUUUUUUAUUUUAUAUAUUUAUAAUUAACCAAAUAAUUUUUCUUUUUUAUAAAUAAAUUGAAUUUAA